GCCGAAGUGUUUUAGAUAAGACCUCCACAUUGUCCCAAAGCUUUUCUCCUACAGUCUGUUCAACAUGAAGGCUUUCCUCGCUGCACUGAUUCUGUUUGCCUCUGUGAUACACACUGUGUUGUCUUGUCCGGUAUGUAAAGGUGAGGGGUUGAAGUGUUUCACCUGCGUGGCUCAUAACCAGGAUGAGUGUGACAGACAGGGCUCAACUGUGUGUCCUGCUAAUGCAGAUGCCUGCUCCACCAUCACAGGGGCACACACUGUUCUGAAGUCAUGCUCUUAUAAGUCUUUCUGUGAUAAGUCUCACAUGAGUAACGGUGAACUGAAGUGUUGCUUCAGUGACGACUGUAACGGACCCCACCGCUCUCACAGUCACGGGGAAAACAACACUGCCGUGACCCUGAGCUCCAGUCCUGCUCUGCUCCUGGGCAUCCUGCUCUUUACAGCUCUCAGAUCACUGUAAUUCAUCCUUAACUCUCUAUAGUCAUGUACAGAAUCGAUAAAUCCUCAUCUGAUGGAUUUAACAUUUUGAUGUAACUCAUAGAUGAGCUUUUAUCUAUCAGAUGGCCACAUAAACCAUGUGCUAUUUACAUUUAUUCAUUUAGAAGAUGAUUUUGUCAAAAGCAACCCUGCUAAAAAAAGUCAUAGACCGGCAUAAUUCCCAUGCUGGUCCAUGCUGGUUUAGUUGGUGGUCACCAGCAUACCAGCAUCAAAACACAACAUAUGCCGGUCUUGUUGCUGGUUUUGAAACUUGCACGACUUACAUAACAUUUUGUCUGCUAUGGCUGAUCUAUAGUUUAAAUUGCUGUUGUAUCGAGUUGAUCUUUUGUUAUUUACUGUUGGUCAUGAGCAACUGCAAACUAAUCAAUAAAGAAAUAAAAUAUUAUUUGUCCUCCAUA